ACUUAAAUUUUACGUCAGACAGUCAUCGUAUUACGGCGACUGACUGACCACGAAAAACGUAGUGUAAAACAAGAGGAAGGUAUUUUGGUGAUUACUUUUUGUUAAAUCACCGCUUGCCACCUCAGUAGGCCUAUACUGAUCAUGUAUAAAAUACACGAAGGUAAACUAUUUACAUAUAAAACACGUGUAACAAUGACUGAAAUCUAAAUAAAUAGGGUAUUUAAUGAAGUGAUAUCUGCUGCGAGUUAGAGUGACUUAUAUGCGUCCAUCAAGGUUUGUCACACAUGUUAUAUGCGUCCAUCAAGGUUUGUCACACAUGUUAUAUGCGUCCAUCAAGGUUUGUCACACAUGUUAUAUGCGUCCAUCAAGGUCUGUCACACAUGUUAUAUGCGUCCAUCAAGGUUUGUCACACAUGUUAUAUGCGUCCAUCAAGGUCCGUCACACAUGUUACAUGCGUCCAUCAAGGUUUGUCACACAUGUUAUAUGCGUCCAUCAAGGUCCGUCACACAUGUUAUAUGCGUCCAUCAAGGUUUGUCACACAUGUUAUAUGCGUCCAUCAAGGUCCGUCACACAUGUUAUAUGCGUCCACCAAGGUCCGUCGCACAUGUUAUAUGCGUCCAUCAAGGUCCGUCACACAUGUUAUAUGCGUCCAACAAGGUCCGUCACACAUGUUAUAUGCGUCCAUCAAGGUCUGUCACACAUGUUAUAUGCGUCCAUCAAGGUCCGUCACACAUGUUAUAUGCGUCCAUCAAGGUCCGUCACACAUGUUAUAUGCGUCCAUCAAGGUCCGUCACACAUGUUAUAUGCGUCCAUCAAGGUCCGUCACACAUGUUAUAUGCGUCCAUCAAGGUCCGUCACACAUGUUAUAUGCGUCCAUCAAGGUCCGUCACACAUGUUAUAUGCGUCCAUCAAGGUCCGUCACACAUGUUAUAUGCUCCAUCAAGUCCCGACAACAUGUUUAUAUGCGUUCAUCGCAAGGUACAUGAGUACAGUGACAACAAAGUUCAAGGUACAUGAGUACAGUGACAAAGUUCAAGGUACAUGA